CAGUCAACUUUCGUUUUAUUGGAAAGGUGAUGUGAGGCUUCCAAAUCGAGACGACCAUGUAAGCAGUCCUAGUCAGACAUUGAAAAAAACGCCGCCUGAACUCCCGGGCCUUCAUAACAAUGUUGCAAACUUACCAAAAUCUGCAAAACAGCCGAACGGACGAAAGAAGACAAACUACUUCCGUUUCCCUCCGUUAGCUUCCGAGUUCCAGGAUCCACGAGAUUCAAAUGAUCGAGAAUCAAACCGUUUAUAUGCUUCUGGUUGGGAAAUGUCAAUUGAAAAAAAACGACCGCUGUGGAAUAACGCAUACAGACAACAUUAUUCAGGAGACCUUAGCGAUACACGUGAACCCAAAAAGUAUUGACAAACCUAUUACACCCAAGUAUCAGUUCGAUUUAAGCGUUAUUUUAACCAAACUUUUUGUCAGCGAUAAUCUCUUGGAAAACCUAGGUUUCCUCAAGAUCACGGAUUCAGAGCAAGACGAUUCAAGGGGAUUCCAUGAAUAUAAUUUUGAAAACUCCGUUACUACUGGACCAGAUUUUCUCCCGGUAUUCUCUGGGAAACAAGAGAAAGAUAUUUUAAACGUAGAAAGCUCGUUGGACGAAUUUAGUUCCGCGUCCGCUGAUAGCGUCACCGAUCAGUCCCUCCAAAAACCAGACAACCUCGAUAAAUAGGCACCAACAUACAGAUACUGAUCAGAAUAACAAGAAUUCGCCUCGUGAAAUUACAACAACAAUUGAGAAGAGUAAAGAAACUCAAGCCAAAAAAAAAACCAACAGCGUCACAUUUAAAUGCUUCAAGUGGUGAAACAGAACAUAACUUUGGUGGUUUACAAACUGUUAAAGGAGCACAGCUAUCCAGAGAUACUGGAACCGGAACUCGCCCGAAAACCAAUGUUCCACCAGUGCCGGGGGCAGGACUUGCAGCUUAAGUUAUAGUUUUCAGAGCUACGCAAGGAUAAGACAGUGCCACUAUACUGCCAUACAGAUCAAGAUGGCCGACGAGAACACAUCCCAGCUUAUAGAGCGGGCUCAUGAGGCAGCUGGUAGGAACGAUAUCGUUCGGGCGAAGCAACUGGUCCUUCAGGCGCUUGUAGGGAUCAAAGAGGAGCAGGACAGAUUCUCGACGGGGCUGGACCCAGUUGUGAGCGAGCAGCGAUUGGCUGAUUGGUUUGGGGAGUGCUCCUUUAUUUUUAAUCAGAUUGGAGAAUACGUGCAGUCUGCCCGGUAUUUCUAUACAGCGACGGUGUAUGAUCCUACGUGGAACACAACUAGUCACGCGCAUGUAUCCAAGGCGCUGUGGGACAACAUUGUCUACAAUGUGUCGCCUGCUGAGGUCCUCAAGCGAUACGAGAGCAUCAAACGCUUCCUAUAUGAGCUGGACCGCAUUGCACGGCUCGCGGAGCGCCGAAAACGAUGGCAAGUGUCGGUUAUGAUCGACGGCGACAUCAACCGUGUUCACGUGGAUUUGAGAAUUUAUUUUAUGCUCGGGCCAGAGAACAUCCGUGAACAUCCAGGCCGCAAGGAGGCGCUGUGGAGAACAGCUCGUUGCUUUCUUCAGUUGGGCAACCACAUGCAAGUCAAGAAAGUUUGCAGCAUAAUCCUUCAAGAGUUUUGCGAAUAUGAUGACGUCGAGGCUUUAGAAAUAUGGUCCCGGGCCUUGGUCAUUUCCAAAGACUUUGACCUUGCGCUUCAAAAAUGUGAACUUGCGCUCAGUUACGCCAAGGACGCAGACGAUAUUGAGCGUCUCAACAAACUGAAAGGAGAGGUCGAACCUAAUAUACCAGCCAAAGUGCAAGAUGAGAAUCAGAACCCUGACGGCGAUUGGCUACGUGGUACAAAUGUAAUGGCAAACGGACUUGCUGAGGGAAGUGAAGAUAGUCAUCGACCAGCAACACCUCGUUUUGGUCAUCAUGGGAAGAACAAGAAACGACGAAAACCAAAAGCCAGAGGCCCUGCCCUUUCUAGCCAAGCAGAUGUUGAUGAAGCAAGAAAAGCACAAAUUGAGGCGGAAUUGACAAAAUUUCGGAGACAAAGAAGCUCCUCUGAAUGUCGACCAAGUCAGAAUACGAGAAGUCCAAUCCGCGACCGCUCUGUUGAUCGUCUGAUUUACAGCAGAACAACCCAAAACGGACAUUUAGGAAAUGACAGCGGCAUAAACCCUGCCGUUUGGAGACUGCAAUUAGAUGGGCAUGGCGCUCGUCAAAGACACGAAAGCCAGAAUAGCGUAUCAAGCAACAUUUCAUAUGAAGUUGCAAGCGUGUUUGACUCUGAUUCUCAAUAUUCUUCCGAUUUCAACGACUCCGCAUCCAGCAACAGCAGUAGCUACAUAACAACAAAUAUAGAAGACGCAUUGGAUGAAAUUGAAAUACCGGAAGAAGGAGAACAAACAUCCUUUUAUGAACAAAGCUGCAGACAAUACAAUGAUAAUACACAAAAAGGAAGUCAGUUUGCAGAGGCCGAUGAUAAAAUGUUGAAAAAUGGCGUGAAGUUCAACAUGUCAUUUAUGCACCAGUUUGUUGACAGACAUCCUGAUACUAUCAACAGGGACAAUUUUUAUGACAGGGCUUUUACACCAGAUCAAAUGCACGAAAGAAUGCUUCAAAAUCCUAAGAAAUAUUUGAGGUGCAUGAUACAAGUACAGGGGUCACAUGAAGCGUUUUGUACACCAAUUGAUUCAACACAUGGAAGUUCUGUUAUUGAGAUUUCAGGGAGAUCGAAGAUUGGUCAGGUCUUUAAUGAGGAUGAAGUUUUGGUAGAAUUGCUAGAUGAAAAAGAAGAACAGGACAAACGAUAUGGCAAAGUGUUAGGUGUUCUUAACAGACAGCGUCACAAAGGCAAAGAUCAUCCUGUCUUCAUCUGCACGUUAGAUAAUAUGGAAAGCCAUCUUGUCCAACCGAUGUGCAAGACAAUCCCGAAGAUCCAUGUCAUCAAUACCAAUGUUUUAGACAGAUUUGGUCAUAAGAUGAAAAAGUUCAAAGUAGAAGUUUAUGAAUACGACGAGCAUGCGGAAGAGCUGUUCAAUCCGAAAAUAUAUGAUAUAAAUGCAUUUGGAGAGAAAACAUACGUGUUUUUGGUUGCAAUGAUAUCCUGGAAUCCGAGGCAUGUGUAUCCGUUGGGUGCGAUUGUGAAGAUCAUAAAUUGGGGAAGCAGCAUUCCGAAGGGACUAGCUGUAUUAAAUCUUCAGCAUGAUGUUCCAUCUCUGUAUAAGAAAGAGACAGUAAAACAAAUGGAGUGCAUCUCUAUGGCAAUGGGCCGACGCGGUGGUGAACUAGAUAGUCAGAUGCUGCGUGACCGCACUGAUCUGACAAACCUGAAUACAUUCACUAUAGAUCCGCCGGAGUCAAUGGACCUUGAUGAUGCAUUGAGCGUAGAACGUAUUGACGAAAGGUAUCGCGUUGGCGUCCAUAUUGCAGAUGUUUCUGCCUUUGUGCAGCCAGGAGAUCCGAUCGAUGUGGAAGCUUUUGAAAGAUCUACUACUUUUUAUCCAGGUAUCCGAAAGCCACGACACAUGAUACCAGAGCCUAUGAGCUCAAACAUUUGCAGUCUGCAUGCAAACAAGAAUCGUUUAACGUUGACUAUAUUUUUCCUUCUCGACAAUCAGGGAAGACCCAUACAAAUGGAGGGAAACAAUUAUGAUAUAGUCGAGUCCUUCAUUAAGUCAAAGGCAAAACUAUCAUAUAGCCAGGCGCAAAACUUUAUUAUGAGCACCAGCGAACAAAGCCAGCUGGCACAGGAUGUUAGAACACUCUUUACACUUGCAAAGAGAAUCCGACUUAGGCGACUCGGAAAGGCAAUGUUUGCUUUGACCAACGAUUGGGAAGAAAAUUUAGAAGAAGAAUCACAAGCCCAGACUUUGGAAGCCCAUUAUCUGGUAGAAGAAUUUAUGAUAAUGGCAAACAAGAAGGUUGCAGAAAUACUGUGUAGACGCUUUGAUCGAUGCGUGCCCAUUUGUAGACAACCACCACCGUCCGAGGAAGGACUUCAAGAAUUUGUUAAGCAAAACGGGGUCUACAUAGAUGUCAUGUCUUCGUUUCAAGACAGGAAUAUUAUCGAUCGUACCAGAGGAACAGACAAUGUGCUUGCCGACAAGAGCGGUGCUGACAAGUCCGUACUAGUGUCACAGCAGCUUUGGAUGAAAAUGAAAAAGGAUCCAUUAUUUGCAGCCCGAUGCUUACAAAAGGAUACUGUGUUUGCCCUGCAGAAUGUCAUUUACCAGCAGUGGCUGUACAUUCAGGAACCAGCUGCAUAUCAUUGUGCAGCAAGCGUCACUCCGGAGGAUGGAAAACACUGUUCCCUCAACAUGUACCCUUACACUCACUUUACAUCUCCGAUUCGACGAUACAAUGAUCUUGUAAUACACAGGCUCUUAAAAGCCUAUGUACGAAAAUUGCCGAAUCCGUACAGUAAGGAUCAAAUCGACAAAAUCUGCACCCAUAUCAAUUCAGUUAACAGGCGUUCCAAACAAUACCAGCGAGGAUGUAAAGCACUGGAAGAAGCUGUGACAUUACAUGAAACCCCAGAAAUGAUGAGCUGUUUCAUAGAUGACAUUACAGAUCAGGGAUUUACGUUGUGUUCUCCCUUUUUGAAAAAUGCCAAGAAAGCAAAUAGAGCACUGAACUACAAUCUUCUAAAUAUGGAUUUCAGACCAGAGGUCAAAGAGGAUACCAAAUCAACUUGGGACCUUGUGAAGGCGACAUGGAGGAAACGCCUGUACGAUUUCAAAGGAGAGCCAUUACAAUAUCCCCCUGAUCGUGGAUAUACUUUAGAACUGAACCCACAAAAGAACGUUGUUUUUAUCCAACUGCAUCACUGGGCCAAGAUGUUGAAAUCAGCUUCAAAGGGCAUGCUAGAAGACCUUGCAAGACACAUUUCUGCAGCUUCUUCAAAAGCGAACAACCAAACUACGGAAUUGGAUGAUGUGAGCACUGAAUGUAGAGACUUAGAGUUACUUCAGCCGAGUACCAAAUUUACCAUGACAUUUUCUCGUGGACAAACUGUUCACGUGCAAAUGACUGCAGGUCCGCAGAAAGGUCUCCUCGUCAUGAAACCGAUGUUGUACAAGAUGACAAACAGCAUCAACUUCUGCUUGCUUCACGCAGAGGAUCCAGUCUUACAUCUGUUUCAUUAUGUGAAUACAUGCACUUUGAAUCAGUACAAGAGUGUAAAGCAGUAUUUGCAACGUUGGAUACCGCUGAUUCUCAUGGAGGCUGCGGAAGGCAUCGUACGUAACGAAGAAUCGUGUGUAAUACACAAUGUCCCGAUAAAAUUCACUGGUCGAAGGGGCAAAUUCGUCUUGAGUUUGUCUCAUUCUGAAACAAGAAACAUAGAGCUCUCUGGCACUGAGUCUGACGACGAAGACGACUGUCAGAGCGAAGGAAGUGCCCGAUCCUACGACUGGCUCUGCCUAAAAGCACCAAUUCCUGGAACAGAGAAACGAUCUGGUGAAAUGAGAUCUGUCAUUGACACUCUUCCAAACUACUGGGUUGGACAUGCAGAAGUAAAAAGUGUUAAAAAGAAGAAAGACACAGAGCCGUCUGGAAAACUGACGGUUCACUUUGACCUGCACGACAAGACCCCAUCAGUACCAUUGCAAAUGAAAGACGAUCCGAAAACAACAAACUACAGCGUGGAAAUACUGAAGAAGUCUGAAGUUGACAGGCGCACUGAAAGCUUCAUAAAGCAACUUCCAUCUGAGAAGUCAUCUCAAAAAUCACUUGCCACGUGUAUCGCUCUGAACCAGGCAAUCCCGCAAUAAGAUCGGGACCAUGCACAGAUAGUGGAUUUGAUUGAAAGGGAUCUGUGUUUCACUGCAAGUGACAACCAACAAGACAAAACUCUUCCACGCAACAACAGAAGGCAGCAAGAAGCAAUUGACAAGGCCCUGACAUCAAAAUUCACACUGAUUCAAGGACCACCAGGCACUGGCAAGUCGUACACAGCCAUUAAGCUGAUGUAUUUAUUCGACAAAAUCAACAACAUUUUGCACAAAGAGGGGAAGCCAAAAAAACAAGUUCUGUUCUGUGGACCUUCGAACAAAUCAGUUGACCUUGUUGCAAAAUGGAUGUUGAAAAAGAUGCGCCACUACAAGCCCGAUUUCGUCCGUGUAUACGGUAGGUCGAUUGAGGACAUUGACUUUCCGAUCCCUGGACGCCCCUUCUUGUCAAAGAAAAGCACACGAACCUUACAUGCUGACCCGGAUCUGAAGUCAAUAGCUCUCCACAACCUCAUUAGAGAAAAGGGAAAGCCAUAUGCGGAGGAAAUCAAAGCAUUGGAUAAGUACUUCUUAAGUACAAACUACGCGCCAGACCCUGAGAAGGUGCCGAAAUAUGUCCAUCUGAUAUGUGAGGCAUCCAUCGCCGAAAUUCGAAGUCAUGAUAUCAUACUUUGUACCACAGCUGUUUGGUCAAACCCUAAGGUGCUGGAGGCCACACGAGUUCAUCAGGUAAUUGUUGACGAAGCUGGCAUGUGUCCCGAACCACAGUGCCUUGUGCCGGUUAUCGCCACAAAGGCUGAGCAAGUUGUACUAAUCGGUGACCACAAGCAGUUGAGACCGAUCAUUAUGUGCCGGGAUACAGGAGAAUUAGGACUAGCAACUUCACUCUUCGAGCGAUAUGCCACUGCUAGCAGCGCCAAAAACGUGCCAUUCACAAUGCUGAAUGAACAGUACAGAAUGCAUCCACAAAUUUGCGAGUUUCCGUCGGAUAAGUUUUAUGACAAGAUGCUGAAAACUCGACAGGGUGUAUGGAACAACAAUCCGCUGAGGAUUUGGCCAGAGGACCAGUAUGACACAUAUCCCCACGUUCUAAUCCACGUUGAGGGAGAAGAAAAAAAACUGACAGUUUCAACUGAGGAUGGAAAUGAACAAUCAAAGAGCAAUGAACAAGAGAUAGAGGAAGUGCUCCGACUGUACCGCUACCUGGGAGAUCAAUCCGAUUACGAACACGUGUGCAUCCUGUCUCAAUACAAUGCACAGUGCUCGGAGAUAAGGCGUCGUCUGAUCGAGGAGAAGUUUCAGGAAGCUGCUAUAAACGUUAACACUGUGGUCUCGAGUCAAGGUGGUGAGUGGGACUAUGUAAUCUUCAGCACCGUUCGCUCCCUACCGGAUUACAAGAUCGAGAAGAGCCCUACACUUGGUUGGUGCAAGCACAAUCUCGGCUUCAUCACUGACCGGAACCAGGUCAAUGUAGCCCUGACCAGGGCGAGAAAGGGGCUUAUUAUAGUCGGAAACAAGAACCUGUUGGCGUGCGAUGCAAUAUGGAAGACACUGGUUGAGCAUUACGAAAGACGGGGCUGUAUUAAGAACCCAUGUGAUUUCCCGCCAAAAGGCGUCGAGAAGACAAGACAGGAAAUUAUGCGGGAGAAUCAAGCAAACGCCAGGCGCAUGUUUGGAGGUGAAUUGGUCAUAUCCGGCAAAGGCAAAACCACCUAUUACGAGGGUCCAUUCGAUUUACCAGAUAAUGACAGAACGAAUCGCGAAAAUGGGUCGUCGUGGCAACAAGGUGGGCGAAGAGGGAGAGGAGGACGAGGGGGAAAAAGAUUAUAGAGGGAUGGGGCGUACGAACGUUUGCUGAUAUGUUAAACGAUUGUCAUUUGAGAAUGGGCUGUUUUAAUUGUCAUGUUUUAUGUUUGUCAAUUUUGUACAACUAUGUAUUAAUAUCAAUUAUUUGCACGAUGGGUUUUUUCACCACUAACAUGUGAAAUAGCAGAUAUGUAUUUGCUGUUUAAUAUUAAUGAAAUGUUAUUGUUGUCAUGUUAUUCAUUUAUAAUCAGUAUGUAAAAUGGAUCAAUUUGCUAUAAUUAUUUCGUAUAAUAUGUACGUUGGAUCCAUAGUGUUAUCAAUUUCAACUGGCAUUUUCUGAAAUAUGUAUAUUCUGUUGUUAUUAUUAUAGAUGUCUGAUUUUGUAAAAAUGUUUAUACCAAAAUGAUGACUUUUUCAUAACUAAACCAUUGCUUACAUGUUCAUUUAAAGAAAAAGUGUUUAAACUCUAUUCGAACACGAUUUU